AGCCUGUGUGCGGUCCCGGUCCGCCAAGUUGACGCCGCCGCUUUCUCACCAGUGGCGUGGUCUUUGUCGCGGAUUUCCCUUCUGUUCACCGCUUAUUUUCCGGAUUCCACACGAUCCAUCAACAUGAGCAAGAAAGAGGAAGAGGAGAUAAUCAGAAUCGCUAAAAAGAUGGACAAAAUGGCGCAGAAGAAGAACGGGGCUGGAGCUUUGGAUCUAUUGAAGGAGUUGCGCAGCAUCCCCAUGACUCUGGAGCUGCUUCAGUCCACCAGAAUUGGAAUGUCCGUUAAUGCCAUCCGCAAGCAGAGCACAGACGAGGAGGUGACAUCUCUAGCCAAAUCUUUGAUCAAGUCAUGGAAGAAGUUAUUAGAUGAGCCUGGAGGUGGAGAGAAGCCUUCAGAUGAGAAGAGGAAAGAGCCAACAACACCCACAAGCACUCCUUCACAGGGAAGCCCAGAAGCAAAAGAAGAGAGUAGCUCCAGCAGUAAUUCCAGCAGCAAGAGUGAACCCAACGAGGGUGUUACCAACACAUUAAUCCAGAGCUUUCCUCGUGCCCCAAACACGUCUGACUCUAUCAGGGUUAAAUGCAGAGAGUUGCUGGCCAAUGCUCUGCAGACUGGAGAGGAUCACAUUGCUAUCGGUGCUGAUUGUGACGAGCUUGGCGCACAGAUUGAGGAAAGUAUCUUCCAAGAGUUUAAGAACACAGACAUGAAAUACAAGAAUCGUGUGCGGAGCCGGAUCUCGAAUUUGAAGGAUGUGAAAAAUCCUAAUUUAAGGAGGACUGUGCUGUGCGGGAGUGUAACUCCAGAACGGAUGGCAAAGAUGACGGCAGAGGAAAUGGCGAGUGAUGAACUGAAAGAAAUGAGGAAGAACUUGACCAAAGAAGCUGUCAGGGACCACCAGAUGGCAACCACCGGAGGCACUCAGACUGAUCUGUUCACCUGUGGCAAAUGCAAGGGGAAGAUGUGCACCUAUACACAGGUUCAAACUCGCAGUGCUGAUGAGCCAAUGACCACGUUUGUCUUCUGCGGGCAGUGUGGAAAUAGAUGGAAGUUCUGCUGAAAUGCUGACGUCAUCCACCGAUCUCUGUCAAGUAGCAAUUCCUGGACCAGGUUCCGUUCAUCUGCAAAAGAUUGGAGCGUUGUAUUCUGUGGUACAUGGUACACGAUAUGCCAUACAGUCGCCACUGCGGUUACCGUUUUGAAUAAAUACAGUAUGUUGUUCAUAGAUUGAGCUCAGUGUCGGUUCCCCAGCUCCUUUCCCCAAACUCCUUUUACUAUUGCUCUUGUUUCUCAUUGUCAGAUAUUUGCCAUCAAUCUUGUCUCAUUUUCUUUUAUCUCCAUUUUUUUAUAAGUAGUUUUAACACUUUGGAAAUGUUUUUGCUUUCUCAGCACAGCAUUGUAUUGUUUUAUUUAAUUCCCCAAUAAAGUGUAAUCCAUUUGAUUAAAAAAGAGAAAAUCUUU